AUGGCAGUAGCUACAAAAGUCGAGUGCUCCCGACCCCCUUCCCCUGAGACCUCGGGCUGUCCGGAUAUCCGGAGGAGACGGGACAGGGAUGUGAUGGGGCUUGAUCCACCGCUGACAAGGAUCAGGUCGCUGCCCUUUGAUGGCCUUCCUGCUAUUGCGUUGCAAGCCAAGGUCACAGACCCUUCCCCUCCCCUGUACAAUCUACGGGAUAACUCCAAGAACCAGCCGCUCCAGGAAAUCCUGGCCGUUUCUGGUCCCCUUCAGGGAUCUCUGGAGCAUCCUGUGAAACCCCGGCUCCGCAGUAGCUCCGCACCCCGGCUCCCCGGCACCCCUGCUCCUCCGGCCCCCGGGCUCCCCGGCCCCCCGGGACCGCAACCAUGGCGUUCAGUGAAGAGCAUGGUGGGGGGGCAGCUGAAGAACCUGACGGGUGGCCUGGGCGGCGAGGAGAAGAGCGAGGGCGAGAAGUCUCCGGCCGAGGCGCAGGGCAUGACCCGCGAGGAGUACGAGGAAUAUCAGCGGCAGCUGGGGGAGGAGAAGAUGGAGAGAGAUGCCCAGUUUGCCCAGCGCAAGGCGGAGAGGGCCACGUACGUUCAGGUCUUCCGAGACAAGUACAGGCUCCCCAAGAACGAAACGGAUGACAACCAGAUCCAGCUGGUGGGAGGCGAUGUGGAGCUGCCCAAAGAGCUGGCCAAGAUGAUCGAGCAGGACAACGAGGAGGAAGAAGAGAAGAACUCGGUUAUCGGCCAGCUCAGCAACAUCCAGAACCUGGACCUUGAUUCCUUGAAAGACAAAGCUUCGGCCACGCUAGAGGACCUGAAGCAAUCGGCUGAGAAAUGCGCCGUGAUGUGA